UAAAUCUAUGAGUGGUGGUUAAGCCAGCUUUUCAGUCAUUAAGUUCAUUUAUAAUGGUAUAUUUUUUGCCAAUGUAACUGUCAGAAAAGUCCAAAGUUUGCACUUAACUCAUUAAAAGGACAUAAUGAAUGUCUAAUUUGUGUACUUGAUUUAGUUAGCUAUAGAAGCACGGAUGUGUAUCAGAUCUCCAGGUAAUUUUACACUGAAUGAAUUACUGAAUUGACUUAAAUCUGUUAUAUCCCAGCAGUAUUAGAGGAAGUAGUGCUGUUAUCAUAGCAGCCACUACAAUAUUAAAGUUCCAGUGGGAGAGAAGGAGUGGACAACAUUGUAAACAAAUCCGCGCUCUCCCUAAAUACGCGUGACAACGUGUUAAGGCAGGUUUAUGAUUUUGGCUAAAACACGAGUUAUGGUAGUGAUACGUCAUCCGCGCGAGUUGAAGCAUGUGACGUCAGUGCGGGAAACGAGAGAAGCGGAAUGGACGCGCGUCGCUUUACUGCAGAUGAAUAUUAACUUCUUACAAAAGCAGCACGGAGAAACUCUGGAGAAAUUACACGGUGAAAUAGAUAGUUUAAAACGGGAAAAUAAAGAGUUGCAGUAUAAGCUGAUAAUGGACCUUCCAAAGUCGAGCAGUAAAGGAUCCAGCCGUAGAAUCUGUAAGCACCAUACAGAGAGCAACAAGUUCCAGAGAGACAGAAGGAACUAUUUGGAACAGACUUUAGAGGAAAUCUGCUCACCACAAGCCACAGAGAUUAGCAGUCAUUUACAAUGUAGAGAAACCAGAUCAAAUUCCUUCACAGCCGACAGAACAGAAGGUCCUUCAGAAGCCAAAGCAGGUUUCAUCACUUCUCUACAGCCUCUCAUGAUUCAGUGUAGUCCAUCUCGGGCUCCUCGACCUCCCACCCUACAGGAAUGUGAAGUCAUCAUACGCCAGCUAUACAACGCUAACAGCCUGCAGUCCCAGGAGCUCCUACGCGUGAAAGCUGUUCUCAAAGACAUUGUAUUCAACAAGAAAAUAACUGCAGAAAAUUACAUUUUGACAAAGGCUUAUCUUGCCGAUGGUAAAAGAGCUGACACAUCAGACACAUUUCCUCAGCUUUCCCUCCAAACACUGCCUAAAGGACUACCUGUGUCUCAGGCUAGUAAAGCAGAGAAAGUGAUCCUCCCUGCCCUCAAACAGACCCUCAAUAACAUAGCAGAUAGAAACAGGAGGACUCAGGCUGUGCAGAGAAAUCGUCUACAGAGGACAAUGCGCUGAAGGACC